UAAUCUCUCCUUAUUGUUGAGAUAAUGAAUUCGAUGUUCAGUGCCUUCGACGCCAUGUGCGCUGAGAUGAUGGGUAAGAAAGUCACCGCUGCUUCUUACAUCUGCAACCCCUCUGAACGCAACGGUGCUUCUUCCGGCGUCGGUGGCGGCCAAACCGCGUCUUCGCUGAAGAAAGAUGAAAAAGCAACAAACUUUGCGGCGAAGCAACCGAGGUGUGCUCUGGAGCUCGACGGGCUUAACUUCUUCGAGACCAUUGUUCGUUCUUGAUCUGCUUACUCUUUCUUGUCUAAUUCCUUCCAUGUAAAUACAAUUUUGAUUAAAAAAAAAAAACUUAAUUACAAUCAUUCUUUGUGAUUGAUUCAUUCUCUUUUGCUGUUUUGACUCUUGAAUAUGUAAAUAUAUAUAUAUAAA